CCCGGACUCACCAUGUCUUUAUUGUAAUUUUAUAAACCUGCGUUGACGAACUUCUUCAUCCACCUUUGCUUCUCUUUUUUCGCCCUGAUAUAGGUCCGAACAAGGCCUUCAACGCGCGGGUUUCCUCAUCGUCGAGUGUCCCCCGACGAGGAAUCUUCGACGCCUCCCCCCGCGCUCGAGGCUGCACUGCGACGAAUCCUGAAUCCUCCUUCGACGAGGCCUCGUAUCGAUUAUUUCUACACACUUGGGGAGAGGCAGGCGGGAUCUGGAGAUGCCCAUUGUGGGCUGUGGAGCAUCGCGAGCAGAGAUGAUCAACCCAGGAGACAUUCUCCUCCUUCGUGCAGGCAUUGGCACCUCUCGAAACUGAUGAGCCUACGACUACGACGACCCUCCUUUUAUGUCCCAGUUUACAGCUUUAUAUACCCCCUUUGCGUCCUUGUUUUUGCGGGUGCAGCUCUGCGAACAUGAUUCCCCAGCUCGCGCAUUACCCUCGACCCUUAUCAGAGCAAUUCGGCAGCCCAGGAUUCGCGGUCCCUCCCUUCGAGCCUCUACCAUUCCAAAGCCAAAGCCCGAGGAAUAUCGUCCCUUCAUCAUCACUCGCGCCACCCCACCGCGCAUACCCGGUCGUGAGCCAUGCCUUGCGUCGAAAUGGCCUUGACCCUGGCAGCUCGAGCCAGAUGUUCUCAAGCCAGUAUCAUGAUCCUUCCGAGCACAUGCUGCGGAGGAAAACACCAAGUGGCACGCUCGCCGCUGGUUACGAUGGAACUCCCGUUCAGUGGUCAAGCAAGGGACCAGCACUGAAGCACGUUCUGCUACCUGUGUCCGCAGGAUCAUCAAGCCAACAUGCGACGACCCCUUCUGACUUGAUAUCCGCUGAGCAUCGGUCCCGACAGCGAUCCAGCAGCUUGGGUUGGAACUACCAGCAACCAAUGGUCAAUACUGGCAAUGGAGGCCUCUCUAUGAACGGUGAUCCUGGAAAUCGAGCAUAUUUUCCACCUCUAUCAAAUCAUACACCUAAUGCUUUGGAUCACUUGUCGAUGCAGCAACCUACGGCAUUUCAUCCAAAUAAUGGCACGCAUAUCCCAACCGUGCUACAACCUCCCUAUCAACCCUCUCCCAGCCCUACUGCAUCUAACGAUGCUGGGCUGUACGGUCCAUAUUGGCCAGAUGGAAAGUUCGUCCCGUACAGGCCAGCUGCCUAUCGUGACCAAGGGCAUCACCAAGUAGGGUACGGCUUGGACUCUACUCGGGGGUUCCAACAACAGGCCAAUACUCCCGUGGAUAUGCUAUCACCCUUCCCACAGUCUUAUAGUCAUGAUCCUACGCAGCUUAUAAGAUCGCCAUCAUUCCUCUCACUAGAUACCGCUUCUCACCCACUUGAAACUGGUUUCGCGAUGCCGAAUCAGCUGCAACAUCUCCAUGACAAUUCUACUCCUACCAUCUACUCACCAGGUGCAGGUGGAUCUCGAACCCCGACAGCUCAAUCAACAAAUAGGCCUAGUAACAACCACUUCAAGGAGAAGACGCUCUCUUGGGCUCACAGCAUAUAUGUUGAUCUUCUAGCCUUUCUUCAUCAACUAAAGAAAGAAAAUAGACAGACAGGUCAGUCUCAGGGAUCUAGGACAAUCUUUAAAAACGGUAUUUAUCCGAAGCCGCCGCGUCAACCGGCUUCGUCGUUUGGGAACUCGGAGUCGUCGACUUCAUAUGCCCGUACGCCUGGGAAUGGCACCAUGUUCCCUCGGAAACAUAUCAAUGACAUACCAAGUUCACAUCGGAGCACUCAGAGUACUAGCUCCGGCUUCUGGCAAGGGAGCGCAGAUUUUAGUGACAUAAGAUACCCAAGAUUUUCCAAUCAAGAGAUGCCACACUAUCUCUCACCUUUCCAGUCGUCCCACCAUUCCAUGAAUUCCCCUCUAGGCAAAGCGAAGGAGGCUCUCGAAAUGCUCACAACGCUUUGCGAAGAGAGCGGCUGGUCGUGGAUUGACGGGAUGUUGCUAGGUGGGUGUUUGGCAUACGGCCUAGAAGAGUAUCACAAAGCUCUGGAGUGGUACUCGAAAAUCGUCGCCUUAGAUCCAAAACAUGUUGAGGCAAUCUCGAAUCUGGCUGCAACCUUGCUGUGUCUGAAUCGGCGUGAGGAGGCUGAGCAGCAUUGGUUACAGUCUGUGAAACUUCGGCCCAGCUAUUUUGAGGCUGUGGAGCAUCUCAUCGGACUUCUGUGCGGAGAUCAUCGAGGCAACGAAGCUGUCAAUAUUAUUGAAUUUGUCGAGCGCUCCCUUCGAUUGCCCAAGCCGUCGGAAGACUCCCCGGAUUAUGUCAGUGAGACGUCUAGCAAUGCUGACCGGGAAUCUUGCGGUUCAUACAGUGCAUCAUCAGAGAAGAUGACCCUCGAUUAUGAUGGUGACGAUAGGACGAUCCGAUCACCAUCAGCUCGUGAGUACGAAGAUGGUACGACGCAGGUUGGGUUCGGCUCCAGUGGCUACUCGGUGCCCGGUUCUGAGAAUGGUCGAAUUCUUGCGUUAGUCCAUGCCAAAGGCAACAUGCUGUAUGCCCUCGGCGACAUCGAUGGAGCGUCAAAGGCGUUUGAAGAGGCGGUCUUGAUCGCUGCAGGCAGGAGUCUAAAUGGAAUUCAGGGGCUUAUCAAAAAGAUAGUCGCUGUUCUAUCACGGGAUGGAUUGUCUACUCUGCAUGCAGACCCAAGAUUGCCAUUGCUCCUACCCCCGGAUAAAGCUUUGCAAACCGCAAGGCUUGUAUUCGCCAAGAAUGGUGAGCUUCCAGGGCUUCGUCAUGUUCCUGACGGGGUCGCCAAAAGGGCCGCUGUUUCUACCACGAGCAAUUCUCUCCUGUCUCUUGCCAAGAUCUUUCAGGACGCAAUGUCAAACAGCAGUUGUGCGCAACGAAUUUCAAGAAUGCCCACGGGUAUUGGCGAUAUACUAGCGCUAUACUACCUCUCACUUUCCCUGCAGCCAAGCCCAUCUACCGCCAAUAAUGUGGGCAUCUUGCUGGCGAGCGUGCAACAACCCGUCUCCUAUCGCUCGAUAAUGUCGAAAGACAGCUCCUCGUAUGCUUCUAUAGCUGACGUUGCCGGAAGCGGUGUUGCGCUGGCCCUUGCCUACUAUAACUAUGGCCUCAAUCUGGAUACAAGACAUGCUCACCUUUACACCAACCUGGGUAGUCUCCUGAAGGACCUCGGGCAACUCAAUGCCGCAAUCAAGAUGUACGAGCAAGCAGUCAGUUGCGAUGGUUCAUUUGAUAUUGCACUCGCAAAUUUGGCCAACGCAGUGAAGGAUCAAGGUCGCACAAGUGAUGCGAUUAAGUAUUACAGACGCGCAGUGGCCUCGAGUCCAGACUUCGCAGAAGCUGUAUGUGGCCUAGCAAAUGCUCUGAAUUCUGUUUGCGAUUGGGCUGGACGAGGAGGUGUGAUUCUCGAUGGCGGCAAACAUGAUCGAUGGCACGUGGACGAUGCUGGAAUGAUCAUGGAGGCAACGAGCGGUAGUGGUUGGAUGAAGCGUGUGGUUGAUAUUGUCGGACGACAAUUGAAGGAAGGUGCAUCAUGGGGCCUGGGUACACUACGAGACCAGGCUUUUCACCAAUUCUUCCAACAAUUAGAACUUGCCGACACAGGAAGUCGGUGGCCGCUCGAGAAGAGAGCAAGCAUGCAAGCAAGUCUCGGUGCACUGGCUGGACACCGCUGGGAAGGAGCACGCAUCCUUCGACUGAUAGAGCGCGCCAUCAAAAGAGCUUCGCAUCGGUGGUACCACGAUAAGUACAUCCAGAAGAAAUACCUCCCUGCAUCCUGCUACCCGCGACCACAACUCCCCAGCGGUCUGGCUGUUCCGUCUGCCCCUACGGUCUUGCCCUUCCACACCUUUACCUGCCCACUGUCUGCGAAAGACAUCCGCAUGAUCUCUCAGCGGAAUGCGUUCCGGAUAUCGUGUUCGACCCUCAAGUCACCUUGGAUGCAAGGAUCUGUCUUCCCACCUCCUUCACCUCCAUCGCCCCAUCUCAAUGUUGGAUACGUAUCUUCGGACUUCAACAAUCAUCCCCUGGCGCAUUUGAUGCAGUCGGUCUUCGGUCUGCAUAAUCCGUCUCGUGCAAAAGCGUUCUGUUACGCCACGACGGCAAGCGAUAAUUCUGUUCAUAGACAGCAGAUCGAGCGAGAAGCUCCAGUAUUCCGCGACGUCAGUACCUGGUCUGCCGAUCGAUUGGUCCAACAAAUUGUCCAAGACGAGAUCCACAUCCUCGUAAAUCUCAAUGGCUACACAAGAGGCGCGAGGAAUGAGAUCUUUGCUGCUCGCCCUGCUCCUAUCCAGAUGUCCUUCAUGGGAUUUGCGGGCACUUUAGGAGCUGAAUGGUGUGAUUACCUCCUCGCGGACGAGACUGCUGUUCCACCAGACACUCUGCGACCCUGGAGACGAAACAUUAAUCUAGAAGAUCAAUUGGUAGACCAGCAGUCUUUUGAGGACGAGGAUUGGAUGUAUUCGGAAAACAUCAUCUUCUGUCGGGAUACCUUCUUCUGCUGCGACCAUGCACAAUCCGAACCACGCGAAAGUCAACUGUCGUGGGAGGAUGAACAGUCUAGAAGAUGGAAGAUGAGAAAGGAACUUUUUCCAGGCUUGUCUGAUGAUGCUAUCAUACUAGGCAAUUUCAAUCAAUUAUACAAGAUUGAACCGACCACAUUCCGAACCUGGCUGCGUAUUUUGGACCAGGUUCCAAAGGCAAUUCUGUGGCUUCUCCGAUUUCCUGACCUUGGAGAAACCAACUUGAAGCGGACAGCAUUAGAAUGGGCGGGCGAGAGUGUCGCAUCUCGUAUCUGGUUCACAGACGUCGCUCCAAAACAUCAACAUAUAUCGAGGGCACGAGUUUGCGACCUAUUUCUCGAUACUCCGGAAUGCAAUGCCCAUACGACUGCUGCGGAUGUGUUGUGGUCCAGUACGCCCCUUCUGACGCUUCCGCGAUACAAGUAUAAGAUGUGCUCUCGUAUGGCGGCAUCGAUUCUCAAGGGUGCUCUACCCAAGGGUGAAGAGGGUCGCAGAGCUGCUUCGGAACUCAUUGCAAAAGACGAUGAGCAGUACGAGGAGUUUGCGAUAAAACUCGCGAGGGGCUUUUCCUACAGGAUGCAUCCCUCAGGUCGCGGGGAAGGCGUUGGGCGUCUCGGGGAGCUUCGAAAGUUGCUAUACGACAGCAAAUGGACAUGUGCACUCUUCGAUACAAAAAGGUGGGUAUCAGACUUGGAGUCUGCUUAUGAGGAAGCUUGGCGGAGAUGGGUGGCAAACGAUGGCGGAGACAUAUAUCUGUGAUCUCUUCACCAGUUGUCAAAAAGACCAGCUCUCUAGUUUUACGGGUUAGCGCAUGUAGCGAGGAGUCAAUUUUGGAGAAUGUCUAGGUAAUGGGCUUAAAAACAAGAUGGGAUGCGUUUGAUUUUGGGAGGCGUAUUGGUGUGCUCUUUCUAUUGCUACCGGUGUUUUUAAUGCCUGCUUGAGAGUGCUCGUCGAAGGAUACCCAUGGUCGUUGUGCAGCAGCACAGACAGUCAGUCGAUUUCACAGUUGAAGACACGUUUUCGCUGCAGCUUAUAGAUCUGCGUUGCUCUUUUUCUCGGGUUCGGAAAUUUUUCAGAUGGCGAAGAAGGCAAAGGAUGGUUUGUGACAUGCAUUCGUUCAAUGAUGGCAUAGCAGGAUAGACAGGUGGGCUUUAACAGCAGGGGCGGCGUUUGUAUUGCUCGAAUAGAGCAAAGUCCUUGUUCAAUAUUUAUUAUUAUUACC